CAGACAUUGGCGAUGAUGUAGAAGAAGCAGAUGAUAAUAAAGAAUUGGAUAGCCGAGUCGAAAGCAAUAUUGCUUGUGAGAACUGCAAGUUUUAUAAAGCUAAAAUAGUAUAUCUGCAAAAAAAGGUCAGCAAGUUGAAGAAGAAGAGGGCAGAGCUGUAUGCAAAAAUUGAGCAGCUUACAAACACGGAUGUUAUGCCUGAAGACAUGGAUGCAAGUAGCCUUUCAGGUUAUAUAAUGGAUAGCGGUUCGGAUGACAAUGGGCUUGAUGAAGUUCAUGUCAGUCAAGACUUGAGUCUGGAAAAUGAGGAUGAGGAAGACUGGGCAACUUUGGAAAAAUCGGCCGACUCCACAGACACCGAAGAUGAUGGAAAUCAGUUUGUUUCAAGAAAUCUUGUAAGUGUUAGACCUGGGACAAGAGUUGCUGAAGAGCCCAAGUUUGUGGUUUUCUAUGGGGCCCUUUACAUGAGACCCGAAACGAAACUCAUGCCGGCACGAGUUUUAUGCCGGCACGAGUUUCAUGUCGGGUGCUGGUCUGAGCUACUGUUGUGAUUACAUGGCGUUGACCGAAAUGAAACUCAUGCCGGCAUGAAAACUCAUGCCGGCACGAAAAUCUCAUGUCGCUUUUUCGUGCCGGCAUGAAGUUUCAUGCCAGCACGAAAGUGUUGUGUAAACAGAUCAGUUUUUCAUAUCGGGGGGAAUCAGUGAUAAAAUCGCCUCCAUUGCACAAAUGCUGCACAGAUGUAUGGCCUAACUUCUGACAACAAGUCUGAAAAAAAUUCCCUUGACAUUCUAAAGUUAACAUGCCAUUCUCCAUCGCUUAAAAUUCCAUCCCAAACAUUUAACCACCAUGCACUUGUGCGACCAGGCUUUUUCCAUUGUCCUCUUUUUUUCCUCAAAAAUCUAUUUCUUAUGGCUCUGUAUCGGCAAAGGGCGCGAUUUUUAUCUUCAACCGCAGCUCUUAACUUUUCCUUAAUUUCUUGCUGUUGCAAGAAUACCUGUAUAGCUAGAAGCAUUUGGCAUUGUAGCGCAAUGCAACCAGUUGUAAAAACUAGAUAAUUUAGGACUGUGAUCAAAAGAAGUUUCCUUGGAUCCUCUGCCGCCAUUUUAAAAAUUUACUCUCAAACU